AUCACCACCAAUAACAACAAACAGGAGGCAGCAGGACACCAAAUUCUGCUUUUCCUUCUUAUUUCCUUGUUAUUAGUGUUAUUUGACCACUCCUUCAGUCAUGGCGGACCAGAAUAAAGAGAACCCGCUGCACAUCUCCUGGCACGACAGCAUGUGGGUGCCGCAUCUCAAUUCCUCCAAUGUGAUGAACUACUUCAGUGAGCGUUCCAACCCUUUCUAUUCACGCGACUGCAACAAUGAGUUCAUCAAGAUGCAGCAGAACACCCGCGUCGACCAGCUCACACACAUGCAGGGAGUGGAGUACAUCCUGCUGCACACACAGGAACCCAUUCUGUAUAUCGUCCGCAAGCAGAACCGUUACUCUCCGACGCAGGUGACGCCACAAGCUAACUACCACAUCAUCGGUGGGCAGGUGUUCCAGACGCCGGACCUCGGAUCAAUCAUCAAUUCACGCAUGCUGGCGGCCGUGAGCAACUUGAACAAUGCCUUCACGGAGCUGCAGAUGUACUCGCAGUACCACCCGUCCAAGGGCUACUGGUGGCAGUUCAGAAAUCACCCUGACUCUGCCGCCGCUGCCAACGCCGCCGCCAAGGACAAGGAGAAGAAGCAGAAGGCCACCAGUACAGGACGCGAGGAACCUGCUUCAGUCUUCCAGCACAGACGGGUUGGUGCCCUGCUGGAGGACCUGCAGGCUAAGUUCCCCUACAAGUACCCUGCCCAGACAGCACAGCAGCAGCAACAACAGCAGACACAGCAGGCCACUCAGCAGGGCACACAGCAACAGAGUCAGCAGGAGGGAAUUAAACUUGAGGACAUGAAGACUGAGAUUAAAACAGAGGUGAAGUUAGAGGUGAAGGCUGAAGUGAAAGGUGAUCCCUCCCCCCAGCCUGCCUCACAGCGUUCAGCCCGCCCACCGCCAGAGAAGAGACAACGCACGGGGCCAUAGUACUGAAAUGUGUGUGUGUGUGUCUGUGUGUGUGUAUGAAUGUCACUGACUGUCCCUGAAUGCCUAGUGUGCUAUUAUCUAUUAAUUUUGUUUAGGGACCGGCAAGUGGGUAUUUUUUUUUCUAAUCACCAUUUUUGUUGCCCUUGCCUGGAUUUCCCUCUUACAUAUAAAAAAAAAAACAAUAAGAAAGCCAAGAGGUGUGUUUUUGAUGGUGUUUUCUGAAGCAUUUUGGCUCUAAAGGGUUGUCAGUGUUCCAAGAGUGUCUCCAGUUCCUGUGAUAGUUUGAAAGGUUAAAUUUUGAGUUGUUGGGUGUUUUUUUAAGUUGUUUUUCUUCAUUCCAGUGAUGGUUUAAGAGGUUUUGUUGGCAGUUAUUGGGAUUUUUCAGUCUUGAUAUCAGUGACAGUUUAACAAGUUUGCAGAAAGUUAAUAGGUUUUUUUUUUCAGUCAAUUUUCAUGUUUCCAGUGACAGUUUAGCAAGUUUACCAGAAGCUAUUAGGGUUUUUUCUUGAUUCCACUGACAGUUUAACAAGUUUGCCCAAAGUUUUUCAGUACAUUUUUGUGGUUCCAGUUACAGUUUAACAAAUUUACUGGAAACUAUUGGGACUUUUUCAGCUCAUUUUCAUAAUUCCAGUGACAGUUUAGCAAGUUUGCCAGACGUUAUUGGAGUUUUUCCAUAAAUUUUCUUCAUUCCAGUGACAGUUUAACAAGUUUACCAGAAGCUAUUGGGAUUUUUCAGUACACUUUCAUAAUUUCAGUGACAGUUUAACAAGUUUUGCCUGAAGUUAAUGGGGAUUUUAGUACACUUUCUUGAUUUUAGCGACAGUUUAACAAGUUUGGCUGAAGUUAAUGGAGAUUUUAAGUGCUUCCACGAAUCCAAUGAUAGUUAUAUAAAGCUCAGCAGGAAAUCAUUGGUGUUUCUGAGUCUUUAUAAAUAGCACCCUUGGGAAUCUGACAAUGCAUCUGUGUGGCCUCUGAAGACAUGCCUGGUGAGAACAAAGUGUGUGUGGUGACUUCAUCCUGUUUUGUGGUGAAUAUUGUUGUAUGGUGUUUGUCUGUGUGUGGUGGGUGAGGUGUGGUGAUUGAGAGGGACAGGAUGCAGGAAGAAGAGGAGGAGGAGGAAGAAAAGUACGUUAGUAUGAUUAUGGUGAUGAGCAGAGGAACGAAUGGUGAUGGUAAGUGAGUUUCUGCGCAAGGGGUUGUGACUGACUGACUGCAUGACUGUAUGAAUGGCUGACCGACUGUGCGUUUGACUGUGUGACUGACUAUUUUAACUGUGACUGACUGUAUGACUGACUGUACAACUGACUGACUGACUUUUGGACCGUGAUUGAGUGACUGACUGUGUAGAUAACUAACUGAAUGACUAACUGACUGACUAACUAACUAACUGACUGACUGACUGACUGACUGACUGACUUGACUUUUGGACUGUGAUUGAGUGACUGAUUGUGUAAAUGACUAACUGACUGACUGACUGAAUAACUGAAUAACUGACUGACUGACCCACACCUCACUAUACCAACAAUGAAAACACAGGUGAAUCUUUUCAUAAACUGCAAUAAACUUGAAAUAUUGUU